CCACUCUCAUCUAGAUAACAGUGUUGUUCCAGCAACCUGUGGGAUUUCCUACUGCAGAAACUCUGAAUUGAGAAGCUCAAAUGCUUGCUGACUGUAUUGCCUCUCCCUAUACACCGAGAAAUCUUCCAAAGCCCAUUCAACAUAUUUACUCAUGUAACGCAAUGACCCUGAGAGAAAUACUAUUACCUCCUCAGCAGAAGAUACUUCAACACCAAGAGUGAGCAACCCUAAUUAACCUGAUUUUUUGCUGAUAAUCACUCUCAAUGGAAUCAAAUCACAAAUCCGGGGAUGGAUUGAGCGGCAGCCAGAAGGAAGCAGCCCUUCGCGCACUGGUCCGGCGCACAGGAUAUAGCUUGGUCCAGGAAAAUGGACAAAGAAAAUAUGGUGGCCCCCCACCUGGCUGGGAUGCUGCACCCCCAGAAAGGGGCUGUGAAAUUUUUAUUGGAAAACUUCCCCGAGACCUUUUUGAGGAUGAACUUAUACCAUUAUGUGAAAAGAUUGGUAAAAUUUAUGAAAUGAGGAUGAUGAUGGAUUUCAAUGGCAACAAUAGAGGGUAUGCUUUUGUAACAUUCUCAAAUAAACAGGAAGCCAAGAAUGCAAUCAAGCAACUUAAUAAUUAUGAAAUCAGAAAUGGGCGUCUCUUAGGGGUUUGUGCCAGUGUGGAUAACUGCCGAUUGUUUGUGGGGGGAAUUCCGAAAACCAAAAAGAGGGAAGAAAUCUUAUCAGAGAUGAAGAAGGUAACCGAAGGAGUUGUCGACGUCAUUGUCUACCCAAGUGCUGCUGAUAAAACCAAAAACCGAGGCUUUGCCUUCGUGGAAUACCAGAGCCACCGGGCAGCUGCCAUGGCCCGGAGGAAGCUUCUGCCAGGAAGAAUUCAACUAUGGGGCCACCCUAUUGCAGUAGACUGGGCAGAGCCAGAAGUGGAAGUUGAUGAAGACACAAUGUCUUCGGUGAAAAUCCUGUAUGUAAGAAACCUAAUGCUGUCUACCUCUGAAGAAAUGAUUGAAAAAGAAUUCAGCAAUAUUAAACCAGGUGCUGUGGAGAGGGUGAAGAAAAUCCGGGACUAUGCUUUUGUGCACUUCAGUAACCGAGAAGACGCGAUUGAGGCUAUGAAAGCUUUAAAUGGGAAGGUGCUGGAUGGUUCCCCCAUUGAAGUGACCCUUGCCAAACCAGUGGACAAGGACAGUUAUGUUAGAUAUACCCGAGGCACGGGUGGAAGGGGUACCACGCUGCAAGGAGAGUACACCUACUCUUUGAGCCAUGUUUAUGAUCCUACCACAGCCUACCUCGGAGCUCCUGUCUUCUAUGCACCCCAGGCCUAUACAAUUCCUAGCCUUCAUUUGCCAGCCACUAAAGGGCAUCUUGGCAAUAGGGCCAUUAUCCGAGCCCCUUCUGUAAGAGACAUUUACAUGAAUGUACCUGUAGGGGCUGCGGGAGUGAGAGGACUGGGCGGCCGUGGCUACUUGGCAUAUACAGGCCUGGGUCGUGGAUAUCAGGUCAAAGGAGACAAGAAAGAAGACAAACUCUAUGAUCUUUUACCUGGGAUGGAACUCACCCCCAUGAAUCCUGUUACCUUAAAACCCCAAGGAAUUAAACUUGCUCCCCAGAUAUUAGAAGAAAUCUGUCAGAAAAAUAACUGGGGACAGCCAGUAUAUCAGCUACACUCUGCCAUUGGACAAGAUCAAAGACAACUCUUCUUAUACAAAAUAACCAUUCCUGCUCUGGCCAGCCAGAAUCCUGCCAUCCACCCCUUCACACCUCCAAAGCUAAGUGCCUAUGUGGAUGAAGCUAAGACAUAUGCAGCCGAGUACACCCUGCAGACCCUGGGCAUUUCCACUGAUGGAGCCGCCGCUCCAGCUGCAGUGGCUACUGCUGCUUCUGCUACUGCUUUUCCAGGAUAUGCUGUCCCUAAUGCAGCUGCACCGGUGUCCGCAGCCCAGCUCAAGCAAGCAGUGACCCUCGGACAAGACUUAGCAGCAUACGCAACAUACGAGGUCUACCCCACUUUUGCAAUGACUGCCCGAGGAGAUGGAUAUGGAGCCUUCUGAAGAUACCUUUUUAAAAAUUUUUAAAAAUAAGACACAAAACUCUAUAUAGAAAAAAAUAAACCUCUAACUCAGUCCUCUUGUGAUCACAUGUAAUACUUUUCCUCAUGUGAUACCUUUGCUGAGACUGCAUGGCUUAUACUAACUGUAGAAUCAUAAUAAGAGAACAUUGUUCCUAAUUCAAUCAACUGUUAAGGAGCCUUUUCUCUACAGAAAAGAGCCACUGCCCCAAAAGUUGUUCUUCCAAGGUUGCUGAGUGUCUUGGGAAUAUGUUUACAAACCCUGACAGAGUGGAGGGAGAUCUCUUAGCCAGCACGAGUUUAAGGGCAGAGCAGACCUCAGCAGUCAGUAACAACAGAGAGAGCCAAGCAAGCUCCAGAGUGUAAACCCUGGCUUGCAGCUGCGGAGGAAGGUGAGAGGGUGCUUUUCAAACAUGUUCCUAUUACUGUGGGGCAAGUGCACAGCCUGGAGCUUAGGAAAGACUGCCUGAGGUUUGAUGAAGUCAGCAACACUGUAGUCAGAAAAUUCCAUCCAGUCAGUUUGCCACAGGUCAGGAUCUCCUGUCCCCUGCAAUCCCAGGGGACUUCUGGGAAAUUGAUGUGGUAUCUUGCAGACAUGGUUAAUGCGAUCCAGGCUUAUUGUUUAUUAACCUCACUGGCCCACUUCUUUUUCCCUAGAAGUCUGGCCCUUCCCAAGAAUCCCCAGAAAAUAAUAAUCAUUCCAAUUAGAAAUUAUGUUUUCUCCUAUUAAGCAUUUGAUGUAUCCUUGUAGAUUUGUUUUCAUUUCAGUCUCAUGUUGCUCCUCUCUAAUAUCUUUAAAAAGAAAAUCACAUCUACAGGCUCUCGCCUAUGAUACUUCUGGCUGUUCAGCAAAUUGGCUGAAACGCCAUUUCAAACAAAGAGAGAAGUGAAGAUUUACAUCUUUGGUCUUUUUGCAAUAUCCAGACUACCACCCAGCAUUCAGAGAAUGUCAUGUUAACUUGGUUCAUUUUUGGACUGUCUAACCUGCUUAUAACAAGCCUGCCAAGAAGUCCUCCACCUUCCCUUCGUUUUACUUCCCGUAAGUACCUGACGGCUUCAGCAUACCUGCGUGCUUUGGCCCUGGAGCCCUCCCAGGAAAACCUUACCACCAUCACUGCUAAUUAGAAGCUGAUUCUUCAGAUGCUCAACAAAGACAUUAUUUACCAAAAGCCCCUAGACUUUGGGUCCUCUUCUCUAGUAACAUCUGACAGGGGUAAGGGUGCUGCAGAACCUGGAAUGGAGGGGAGUAGAAGGCACUACACUUGCUUGCCAUACUUGUACAUGCUUGCUUUUUGUUCAAAACAGAAAUAAUCAAAUUUCAACAACCAGAUACCUAUUACUACUGUUCAACAAGUGUCACUAGCGGUUUAAGACAUAGCAUGACCACAACCUCCAUUUUUAAAAAUCCCUUGGCCCUUGUAAAAUUCUAUAAGACUGAAGGGAAAACUUAAGUACAAAGGCAUUCAAAAGGUGAAAACUCUUCAGUGUAAUUCUGUGAACCAGAAUCAAGCAA